AUGAAUAACAGCAACACAACAACAUCACCCAGCUAUAACCAACAGAGUAAGAUCAUGGAGGAAGUAAUGAUGUCCGGAAACAUUCCGAUUCCUGCACCAGGCCGAACGGGAAUGAUGGGUGGGGGUGGUGGCGUUGUUCCUCCUGCAUUGUUGGAUGAGUCACGAGUUCCUCGAUUUUACCGUGAUGCGAUCGUGGCAUGUGGUGCUACUCAGGUUCAUAUGCUUCCACAUACGGCUUUGGUCUAUAACAUGAUGGUUACGUCAGGGUUACCUCGACCAGUCCUUUCAUAUAUAUGGUCAGCUGUGAAUCGAACAUUGCCCGGUCAGUUGACCCGCCCAGAAUUCUUUUCCUGUUUAGCUCUUAUUGCGUUAGCCCAGAAAGGAGAAUCGCUGGCCGCACUCUCUACGAUGCCUUCGCUCCCAAUUCCCUUUCUUCAGUCUGUACAGCUACCUGCAGCGCAGCCGCUCUCUGCUCCUGUUGUAAACGUAGCGAAACCAUCGUCGGCUCCUACAGCGAAGGAACAACGUCAUUCGUCCUCGUUUAUUCCUACAUCGUUGCUACUAGGACGAAGGAAUAAUAAAAAGAAAGAAGUGGAUCUGAUUGGGGAAGCGAUACCACCACCUCCAAUGUCCUCGCCACAAUCAGCACCGAUAUCUCCAGGGGAAUCAGCAGCAGCACAGCCAACAAGCACUCUUGGUCCACCAACGAACAAUCCACUUCUUUCUAAUUCUUCUCGGCCAUCGGCACUCAACGACCUGUGCAGCAUUGACUGGUCCUCCGUGGCCCCUACGCAAGCUACAGUUCCUCACGAGCCUAGCUUGUCGACUACUGACUCUUCGAAGAGCGAGGAAGAUGCCUCAACAGCUACUCACUUCUCGAUGAGCUGCUCGACGGCGUCAGACAUCAACGGAACGGUUAUUUCCUCCGUUGUCUCAGCUGAAUUAACAGAAUGCUGGAAAAAGAUUAUAUCAGCUGCUGUCGAAAUUUUUGAAGCGGCUAAUAAUUUACUGGGUUCCGCUACGGAACCGGUGCUGAAGGAAAUUGCACAGACUGAACGAGGUGAUGGAUAUCUGAGAUGCCUUAAUCGCUUGUACUUCGUGGUUUGUCGAGUAGAACGGUCGGCAGGAGUUGAUUUGCCACAGACAUGCCUCGACGACAUCGCGAAGUGUGGGAAGAUAUGGAAGCGACUAAGCUGUUACAUUGAGGGUCCGCACGAAGAGGAUGAUUGCGGUGACAAAGCUGACAAGAAAUGUGCAAUCUGCUACCAACCGGUGUCAAAUGCAGUGUAUUUCGGGGGCCAAACGUACCACUCGGAAUGCGCUAAUCUUUGGCACAUCUCAAUUCAAUCUUCUCUGAAGCCGCAUCCACUUACUAAAUAG